CGUGGCGAUCAAAGACUGCACCCUCGAGGAGGAUUUAUACACCCUCGGGUUCCGGAGGUACCGCUUCAUAGGGGAGACCGAUGAAAAGUACCCUCCCUUCAACAAGGCCUUCGGAGGGGCCGGAGGUAGGAGCCGAGGGCUUUAGAAUUUUGUACUUAGUUUUUUUUUCUUUGCUUGGAUGUUAUCGUCCCUUCGCUUAGACCCGUCGGACUAACCCUUUGUCUCCUUUGUGCAGGUAUCCCCGUCUCUAUGGUGAAUGUAAAGGGCCUAGCCCGUUUGAAGAAACAGGACCCGAAGGGGUCGGGACAGGGCGUCCAGAAGCCCGCUACUGCCCUCUUUAAGAAAGCCGAGGGCGAUGCCGCUGCCGGUAAGAGGAAGGCAGUGACCAAGGGGUCCCCCCGGCUACCAAGAAGCCGAAGAAGGGGGAUGUCGCCGAGAAGGAGCCCCCGGUCAUUAUUGCUGAUGAGCGCCCCACCUCCGGGGUGCAGGUGGAGAAGCUGCCGGGUGGAACGCCGGCGGGGGCAGAGGAGUCGCUGCCUGAGAUCCUCACAGUUGCGUUCCCGAGGGGUAUGUCUUUGGCCAGCGGCGCCGUCGACCCGGGGGCCAUCCUGAGGGGUAUGACCCUGAGACGGAUAGGGCUGCCCUCGGGGCCUACAAUGAUGCGGCCCUCGAGGACCACAUUCUCCGCUCCUCCCUCUCUGCUUGUUUAGCCCUCGGCGAACAGGCUCGGAGGCUUCAAGAAUGGCGCCUCCACAGAGCGGAGCAGGACGCCAGAAUGAGGGAGUGCCUCCUCAAGAACCAAGAGGCGGUGAAGCUGGGGGCCCAGCUAGAAGAGGAGCUCCGGCAGAUGAGCUUGAAACUGGAGGCUGCAGAGAAAGGCAAGGCUGAUGCUGAGGCCGCUGCCAGGAGAGCUGCUAAAGAGGCCGAGGACUCCAAAGCGCUAGCUGUCGCCAAGGCUCAGGAGGAGGCCGUUGAGGCCUUUGUCGCCGAGGGUUGGAGAGCCGAGGGGCGCAAGAUGUGGGUGUCCUCGGUCGUGGAGGCCUGCGUUGAAGAAUGGGCUGAGGGCCCUGGGUGGGAAUGGAUGGCCCGGAAGGGCAGAGAGUACUAUGAAGCCGGCGAAUUCUUCACCCAGGCCCUCAUCUACCGGAGGAUGGCCCGGCAUUUGGGCAUUGAGCAAAAGGACUUCUCCCCCUCGGCGUAUGGCCUUCCUCCCUUGCAGCCUGAUGUUCGUGAGCCGCUCCCGGAAGGUGUUCAGAGGCCCGACCUUGAGGACACGGUGUUGAAGAAUGAGGCCGAGGACGACGCUGUCGAGACCGGAGCGGAGGCAUCAUCGAGGCCGGCUGUAGAGGGCGCCCCAGUGAACGAUGCUGUCGUAGUUGUGGAAUGAUUUUGUACUUAGAAAUCUUUG